AUGAAGGUAAAAGAUCAAAUCGACACUGGUACUCCUGAGUUUCAGCUCUAUCUUGCCAUGCAUAUGAGAUUAAGACAGUGUUUCCCAGAUUAUGUUAGGCUUUUCUAUUAUGGAAAAUUAUAUGGAUAUAAGAAAGUGACAGAAGCAUGGGAAAUGGGCUAUGUGAAUAAUUUUAUCUAUUCAGGCCAUGUGAAGUAUAAUGCAUUUGCUGGUAUCCUGAAGCCUUCUGUUUUCUUUUGUAGGGAAGGUUACGAAGUGUAUCAGUCACUCUUCCAGAUUUAUCAAGAUAUUUUGAUACAGACUUUGCUUACUCAGAAUGAUGUAAGCCCCUUAGUGUCUUCUUGUCGGCAGCGCAACAGUAUUGAAGUUCACAUUGACACUCAAGGAGAAAACAUUGCUGAUGGCACUAUGGAAGGUGGCUACUUGCUUGUUCCUACUUCAGUCAACCAUGUGUCAUCUGUUUGACAAUGGCCUUCCUCUAGCCAGGGGGAAGAGUCGGCAGAUGACUGACAGUGACUUUCACUAGAGCCUGGGCCAUUCAGCCAAAGGAGAGGAUAUGACUGUUGGCACUCCUAGCUAGACUCACACAAAAAUGGGUAUAUACUGUUUUGAGAUUACUCAGUACUAUAAUGAUAAUCUUCAUGGUUGUGAAGCCCAAUAAGGAACUGGAUGAAAUAGUCAUCAUGAAAGUUAUGAAACAGUGAAGGCUGCAAUAUUUAAGAAUAUUAGUUUUGUGAAGCAAAAUGAUGUGUAGUGUGGCAGUGUGACAAAUGUUAUAUUAAACUGAGGGUAAAGAUCUGGUAUUUUUACCUGGAUUCAUAUUCUCAGUCACACCAUUUCAUACAGAAACGGUUAAAUGUAGAAAAUUUUAGAUAAUUUUUGUUUAACAUGAAAAUGUGAAGUGACUGAUGUGAUGCUAUUAUGAUUCUGCAUUUGUGCUAGGUGUAUACACAUUUAAAAUAAUAAUAAAAAAAUAUGGUGAGACAGUAGAAAAGAUAAUUAGCAGUCUUCAGUAUGGACUGCAUGUAAAGUAGAUUUAUAAGAAAUGUAAGGUAGUGUUGUUUUUAUUUGUCUCCAGUGAUUGCAACCAGUCAUAUAUUUUCCUUUUUGAAUGUAGACAGGAUCUACAUACAAAGACUUCUGACCUAGCGAUUAUUUAUAAGUAAUGUAUUGUUUCCAGGUACAUGAAUUCAUGCCAUUUUUAUCUUGAUUCAAAUACACCCUGGUUGCUACAUGAUUGCCAUGUUUUUUGAUGUGGUAAAGUAAUAACUAUAAUUAAAGAUUGAGGGAUGUUGUAGAUAUAGCAGUGUGUGAUUAUUUUAUUUAUUUAAACAAAACAUAUUUAAAUGUUUAUUGAUAAAGUUGUUUAUUGCAUAGUUAGUACAUAAAUAUGCCCUUGUGCCUCAGUACUCGAGUGAGUCUCCUGACGAGUGUAGACUACAUUACUCAAUCUUUUUAUCUUUUGAUAAACAGUUUUAAGUAUUUAUUUCAAUUUGCUGUAAAUAGUUAGUUUUGAAAUAACACACAGGAAAAUAUUUUAUAGCACUUUACUCUUUUUAUGGUCUUGAAUUGUGUUUGUAAAAAAUUAUAUCAAUCUUUUUUACUAACUAUUUAAAGAUGAACAUAGUAUUUUUUCUUGACCUUUGACUAAAUUUAAAGAUCAGAUAUAUUCUGAACUUUGGCUAAACAAAAUAUGGUUGAACAGUGAUAAGGUAUAUCUUUCCAAUAUGAAAAUAUAAUAUUUAAAGGCAUAAGUGAUGGUAUCAGAUUUUUUUUAUUAUUAGAAAAACUUAAAUAUAAAAUUUCAGUCUCUAUAUAAUUUAAGAAUUAGUGAAGAAACAGUAACAGGAAGAACUGUGAAACAUAUGAUACACAAUCUUUACAUCACGUCUGUUUGAUUCUCUCAGUAACCCUCCAGUCUUUAUAUAAAACCAAGAAGUUGUGGUAAACAUAAUAAGAAUUAUUCCAGAGUACAAUAUAUAAUGCAGGGAAAUUUCAUAAAGAAAAAGAGAAUGAAAGAGUGAGAGAGAUUGCAAGUGGAAAUGAAAGUAUAUAAAAAAUCAGGAUUACAGCAACUGAUGGACAAGAAAGAAAGGACAGAAAGAAAAAUAACUGCCUGAAUAUAAUAGAAUGAUGAAUGAAUAUAUGUAAGGAAAGUGAAAGAGAGGAAAUGAAUGAUGAAGAUGAAUGAACAAAAGGACAAAAGAAUGAUUGUUAGAGAAAAAAAAAAAAAAAAAAAAAUGUUUCUAGGAUUUGUAUGUAUGUGUAAUCACAUCCCAGUGAUAGCAAUUACCCACACUUGCAUGUAUUUCUCUGUAUCAAAGUAAUUAAGUACUUAAGUGUAUACCAUGGUGAAGUGUUAUUAAUUUUAACCUCUCAACUGAAAUAAAAAUGACAUGUUACCCACAAAAGACACAUGUAUAAUCAUUAAUUAUUAGUAAGAUUAUAUGGUGUAAAAUUUAACUGAAAAUUACUUCCUACUGAUUAGGAUUGAAGCUCAGAAUAUGUUUUUCUAGACAGUUGAUGGUGAUGUCAUUGUACCCAAAUGGUUAGAGUUUCUUUCUCAUAAUUAUCUUUAAAAAAAAAUAUUGAAAAAAUGGCAAUAAAAACAUCUAAUUCUACAGACU